GCUGGGAAGGAUUCCUCCUCUGGAUUCCGGCGUGACAACAAGGAUGGCGGAAACAAAAACGCAGCACAAGAAAAGGCAAGUGGCACUCCUCAUGGUAUUGUUGCUUUUGUGGGAGGUGGGCUCAGAAUUCAUGCAGUAUUCUGUACUGGAAGAGUCAGAGAGUGGCACGUUUGUGGCCAAUUUGACAAAGGACCUGGGGCUUAGAAUGGGAGAGCUGGCUGCACGGGGCGCCCGGAUUGUUUUCAAGGGGAACAGACAGCAUCUGCAGCUUGACCCGCAGACCCAUGAUUUGCUGCUAAACGAGAAACUGGACCGGGAGGAGCUGUGUGGCUCCGCUGAGCCCUGCGUGCUGCCUUUCCAAGUGCUGCUGGAGAACCCUCUGCAGUUUUUUCAGGCUGCCUUGCGGGUCAGAGAUAUAAAUGACCACGCCCCGGAGUUCCCUGCCAGAGAAAUGGUCCUGAAAAUAUCAGAAAUUACUGUGCCAGGAAAGGUAUUCCCUUUGAAAAUGGCACAGGAUUUAGACAGCGGCAGCAACGGCCUCCAGAACUACACCAUCAGCUCCAAUGCUCACUUCCACGUUGUCACUCGCAAUCGCAGUGACGGCAGGAGGCUCCCGGAGCUGGUGCUAGACAAAGCGUUGGACCGUGAGGAGCAGCCCCAGCUAGGACUGACCCUCACGGCGCUGGAUGGCGGGUCUCCGCCCCGGUCAGGGACCACGAAGAUUAAGGUACUGGUGUUGGACAGCAAUGACAACGCCCCGCAGUUUGCUCAGGAGCGCUAUGAGGCACAGGUGCCUGAGAACAGCCCCCUGGGCUCUCGCGUUAUUACUGUUUCAGCGAGGGAUUCAGAUGCAGGAUCCUUUGGGGAGGUGUCUUAUGCGCUAUUUCAGGUAGAUGACGUCAAUCAACCGUUUGAAAUAAAUGAAAUCACAGGAGAAGUUCGACUGAGACAGACUUUGGAUUUUGAAAAAUCUCGAAUUCAUCAUGUGGAUAUUGAGGCCACAGACGGUGGGGGCCUAACAGGGAAAUGCUCGUUAAUCGUCAAAGUCCUGGAUGUGAAUGACAACGCCCCCGAGCUGACCCUGUCCUCACUCACCAGCCCCAUCCCUGAAAAUGCGCCAGAGGUCAUAGUGGCAGUGUUCAGUGUUUCAGACGCAGACUCCGGACACAACCAAGACGUCGUUUGUUCUAUAGAUGAUAAUCUCCCCUUCUUUCUAAGACCAUCCGUAGAGAACUUCUACACCCUGGUAACCGAUGGAGCGCUGGACAGGGAGGCCAGGGCCGAGUACAACAUCACCAUCACCGUGUCCGACCUGGGCACGCCCAGGCUGACCACCCGGCACCACGUCGCGGUGCAGGUGUCCGACGUGAACGACAACGCCCCGGCCUUCAGCCAGGCCGCCUACACCCUGCUGGUGCGCGAGAACAACAGCCCCGGGCUGCUCAUCGGCUCCGUGAGCGCCAGCGACAGGGACGCGGGCGCCAACGCGCAGGUGACCUACUCGCUGCUGCCGCCGCCACAGCAGCCCGACCGGGACGUGGCGGCGCUCGUGUCGGUGCACGCGGACAGCGGGCAGCUGUACGCGCUGCGCGCGCUCGACUACGAGGCCCUGCGCGCCUUCGAGUUCGGCGUGCGCGCCGCCGACCGCGGCUCCCCGGCGCUGAGCAGCGAGGCGCGCGUGCGCGUGCAGCUGCUGGACGCCAACGACCACGCGCCGGCCGUGCUGUACCCGCCGGCCAACGGCUCGGCCGCCUGCCCCGAGCUGGUGCCGCGCGCGGCCGACGCGGGCUACCUGGUGACCAAGGUGGUGGCGGUGGACGGCGACGCGGGCCAGAACGCCUGGCUGUCGUUCGAGCUGCUCAAGGCCACGGAGCCCGGGCUGUUCGGCGUGUGGGCGCACAGCGGCGAGGUGCGCACGGCGCGGCCGCUGAGCGAGCGCGACGCGCCCAGGCAGCGGCUGCUGGUGCUGGUGCGCGACCACGGCGAGCCGCCGCUGUCGGCCAGCGUCACGCUGCACGUGCUGCUGGUGGACGGCUUCUCGCAGCCCUACCUGGCGCUGCCCGAGGCGGCGGCGGCGGCCGAGGCGGCGCGGCCCGACUCGCUCACGGUGCAGCUGGUGGUGGCGCUGGCGGCGGUGUCGUCGCUCUUGGUGCUGAGUGUGCUGGCGCUGGUGGCGGCGCGGCUGUGCGGCGCGAGCGCGGGCGGGGGCGCGGGCGGUGUUGGUGUGGGGGCGGGGUGUGCGGUUGGCGGCGGCGGCGGCGGCGGCGGCGGCGGCGGCGCGGGUGCGGAGGGCCGCUUCCCGGGGCCGCUGCUGGACGUGAGCGGCGGCGGGACGCUGUCACACAGCUACCAGUACGAGGUGCGCCUGACGGGCGACGCUGGGACCGGGGAGUUCAAGUUCAUGAAGCCCAUUAGCCCCAACUUCCCUCCGCAGCUCUCUGGGAGCGACGUGGAGGAACGUCUCAGCAUUCGGAACAGCUUCCCAUUCAGUUAAGUAUUCUACUAAACCUUGUUUGGAGACGUCUUUUAAAGUUACUUGCUGAUGCAUGUUAAUUGAUUGUUCUUGUCUUGCUUAUUUUACUACCAUUUUAGGUUCAAGUUUUUACAAAGAUGCUAGGGAUACACAGUUUUUCUCUAAUUUGUUUUAUAGUUUUAAGGUACUCCCACUUCUCUGUUUUUGACAACUUAGAAACUAACACUUUUUGCACAAGUUAAAAAAUUUGAAAUUGUCACCUUUUAGGGAAUGUUCCAAAUUGCUUUUUUGAGAUUGUUUUUCUAACAGUUGGCUACAGUUGUUUCAAUACUGCUGCAUUGGAAUAUUCUUAAAAUGUAUUUGAGCUUAAUUUUCCAAUAGAAGUUAACUUGCUGGUAACCUCUCCAUGUGUACAGAACUAAAGAUGGCUGAAGCUCACAGGGCCUUUCACAGCUAUAUGUAUACGGUAGUAGCGCAUAUUUCUAUAAUAUAAACAUUACUGUGAACUUCAUUUAAAAACAUGAUGGUCUUUUGAAGAAACACCAUGUCAAUUGUAACUUUCGAAUAAAUAUUAGCUGAAUGAAAAUUUUGCAUUUCCUAUGAGUCUAGAAAUGCUAAUAUGUUGUUAUAUUAAAACACCAUUGAAAUUAUUAAAUAGAAAGGUUAUUUUUAAAUUUCAUGAAAAUUCAUAUUAUGAAGAAAUGCAUAGAUUUCAAUAUUUUUUGCAGAAAAUAAAGUUGCCAUUCAACUCCAUUUUCCCAAGAACUUUCCGCAUCCCCUAGUUAAAUGAGUUAUGUUUUCCUUCAAAACAGAAAACACCCUUCCACUCACCGUUUAUUACAAAACAUAGAAUGCUUGAGAAGACAUUUUGUCUCCUUUGUUUAAAAAUAGAAAAACUCAAAAGUAUUGUUUUGUCAACUUCGAUUUUUCAUACUCUUUCUCUUGCUUCCUCAAGCUUCUGUGGGUGCUAUCUGCCAAGAUCUAAGUCAGAUUUAGUGGCCAUUUAUCAAUGUAAGAUUUUUCCUUCUUGUGCUGUGUAAGCAUCAUCUGUCUGUAAUUAACACAAAUUAUUUACUCUUGCAGUUUAGCCAAAGUUUGGUCAUUUGUGUACACGGUGAUUCUGCCAUAUUUUAUGAAAAAAAAAAAAAAACUCUUUAACUUCAAGAGCAGGCAAUUUAUAGUCACAUGAUAAUUGAGUUUAUUUUUAUUUUCAUAUUUAAUUAAAAUGGAACUAGGACUAUCUAAAGUAUAUUUGGCUGUGUUUUGUGGCCAAAUAAGUGAACUGACAUGGAUGGCUACCAGCUGGUUACUGUUUUACUUUCUCAGAUAUUUACUGUGUUCCUUGGAAUAGGAUUCUUCUUGGGGGGGGGGGUGCUUUCUCCACUGUUCCUACUCCAGCCACCAUUUCAGUGGGCGCACUGGGGAUCUUCCACAACCCCUUCCUCAUAGUCCCAGAGGAUACACACAGGGACGGGCGCCCAGUCCAGUGCAGAUCGGUCAAAUCCUUCCUCAGAAUGUGUAGUUUUGAUUCUUUUAUCUUCUUCAUGUUUGUAGAAAAGAUGUUGCCUAGAUUCUGAGCUUACCUGGUUUCUAAUAAAACAAAUGGUUGUUUUCCCUCACCUUCA